CCCAUCUCCGAAACAGCCACUAGGGUUUCCCACACUUGGGGUUGGCUGCUCUUAGUCGGCGCAUCGGUCGCGGGCACCCUCAUCGGCGGAGAUGGUGAAGGGGCGGCAAGGCGAGCGCGUCAGGCUGUACGUCCGCGGGACGAUCCUCGGAUACAAGAGGUCGAAGUCGAACCAGUACGAGAACACAUCGCUGGUCCAGAUCGAGGGGGUGAACACCAAGGAGGAAGUCGCUUGGUACUGCGGCAAGAGGAUGGCGUACAUCUACAAGGCGAAGACGAAGACCAAGGGGACGCGGUACCGGUGCAUCUGGGGUAAGGUCGCACGCCCCCACGGCAACAGUGGCGUCAUCCGCGCCAAGUUUAAAUCCAAUCUGCCGCCUAAAUCCAUGGGUGGAACGGUCAGGGUUUUCAUGUACCCCAGCAACAUUUGAGGAGGUGAGCUUUUACAUUCACCUGUUAUGGAGAAUGUCAUUUCGAGAAAUGUACUUGUUUGGUUCUAUUUUCUUAUUGUUCUCUUGUUAUUAUUUAAUGUUUUUCUCCAGCAUU